CGCAACUGUCGGUAGCAAGCGCUCUCACAAUUCUACCUUGAUAAAAAACGCUUUAACGGAUUCAAAAAUAACGACGAGUGGCAGGGAUGUCUCAGUUGUCAGCUGAAGAUGAGGCGGAGUUGCUGUCCCUUGUAAAGCAGCUUCUGAGAAGUAUCAAUGACAGGAUCUCUGGUGCUCCAUCAACUGAAUGUGCGGAAGAGAUUCUGCUUCACCUUGAGGAGACUGACAAAAACUUCCACAACUAUGAGUUUGUCAAAUACCUUCGCCAGUACGUGGAGAGUUCCCUUGGUACUGUGGUAGAAGAAGAGACCAAGAACUUGACCAAAGGAGAUGCACAACAUGCUAUUGGCUCAGGUCAUGACAUCUUGAUCCAUGCCAUCACCCAAAGGACCAGAGACUCAGAUGACUACCAGCAGAUGAUGCAGACCUUAAAAACCUCCAUGAUCAUGGUGGUGGAGUCUUUAAUCAACAAGUUUGAGGAGGACCAGAUGAGAAAGGAGGAGAUGCAUCCAGAGAAGCAGCACAGUCGGUCAAACAGCCAGUACACAGAUAACUGCUCUGACAGCGACUCUUCCUUCAACCAGAGUUAUGCCUUCAUCAGACAGGAGCAGCUGCAAAUAUUGGCUGAAAAACUUGACUCCAGUCGGCCCAAAGAGGUGCGUUGGGAGGCUCUUCAGGCCCUCUGCUGCGCUCCUCCAUCCGACGUGUUGAGCUGUGAGAGUUGGAGCAGCCUGCGCAGGAACCUCUGUGCAGCUCUGACCGACCCCGAUCUCAGCGAUAAUGUUCUGCAGUUUUUUGCUAAAAGCUUCUCCUCCUCUCCACUGAAUGUAACACGAGAGAUCUACACCAGCUUAGCUAAAAGUGUGGAGUCCAGUUUCCUGUCUCACAAGUUCAGCUUCCCAACCGGCUCAGCUGUCAUCGACAUCAACAGACCUGAGAUCAGCCGUUUGCUUAAACAGAUUCGACUAAUGAAUGACUUUCAAAAGGAGGUGACCACCUUUUGGAUCCGCCACCCCGAGAAAUAUAUGGAGGAAGUUAUAGAAAGCACCUUCUCCCUGCUGUCCUUCCACCACGAACACAGCUCUGCCUCACUGGGGACAGAGAAACCUCUGGAGCCCAUUCACCUCCUGGCCUUACUGGAUGUUAAAGCUACCUGGUUUAAAAAGUGGAUGCAUGGGUACUACAGCCGAACUGUUGUCCUCAGACUCCUGGAGAGAAAAUACAAGCCUCUGAUUGUUGCAGCCCUGCAGCAGUGCAUCCAUUACAAUGAGUCGUAUGAACGUGCCACAGAUCAGACAUCUGAUCUGCAUUCAGCAGAGCAGCAGAACAAAAUUCAGAGAAGUGUUUACACAGGAAAAGAGCUUGAAUAUGCCUUCUUUGUCCACUCUCUGUGUGUCCUGGGGAAACUGCUCAUCUACACCAAUGGGAGGAAGCUGUUUCCCAUCAGAGUGAAGAAGCACAAAGAGCUGGUCAGCCUGACAGAUCUGGUUGUUCUCCUAAUAAACAUCAUGUACCAACACCCUGAACCUGUGCACAGUGACACCUCAUACACAGACUCCCUGUCGCCCAGCUGUCUGGCGAUGGAUGUGCUGUGGAUGCUGUGUGAGAGGACUGAGUGUGCUGCAGAGUGUCUCUACCAGAGCCCCGUCAUAGAGACACUGCUGAGUCCUGUUAUAGCUCUACUCAGUGGACAAGAGGCCAAAUUAAAGUCUCCUGCAGUAACUCUGACGCUCAUUGCUGAUGUUCUGGCUCGCAUCGCAAACACCGACAGAGGAUUAGCUCUCUUCCUAUACAAGAAGAAUCUAGUGUUAGCUGACACUGAGAGAACCUGUGCUGCUCAUGUCACCGUUCAGUUCACCCUCAGGCUGCUGACUAAGAAACUGUCAUCACUAAGUGAUCCUGAUGUCUCCCACGCUUUGUGUGGGGCCUUCAUCUUUGUCUGCAGGCAGAUAUACAACACCUGUGAGGGCUUACAGGUCCUGAGACCAUACAGCCUCCACAGGGCUGUAGCUGCUGUGUGGAAAGAGACCAGUUCCUUGUCAGAGAGGGUUCCAACCCCAGUACCUGGAGCCACUGCUGAAACAUCAACCAAGGAGGUGCAAAAUAUGGUUAUCUGGGAGGAGACGUUAUUGGACAGCCUUUUGAACUUUGCUGCUACCCCUAAAGGCCUGCUGCUGCUCCAGCAGACAGGAGCCAUCAAUGAAUGUGUCUCCUACAUGUUCUCUCGCUUCUCUAAAAAACUACAGGUGAGCCGCUGUGAGAAGUUUGGAUAUGGGGUGAUGGUGACCCAGGUGGCAGCGACUGCUCCAGGGGUGGUGGCUUUGCACAGUUCAGGUUUUGUCUGUGCUCUGGUGGUUAAGCUGUGGUCUGCUCUUGAGUGUGGCACUGAAGAUGUGAGGGUGGUUCGUCCCAAACCCACUCCCAUGGACCCCAUAGACAGGAGCUGUCUAAAGUUCUUCCUGUCCUUGGUCAACCUGCUCUCCUCGUCUCAGUCGGUGUGGGAGCUGCUGGGCGGGCAGCCUCUUGCCGACAAGAGUGAAUACACCCUAAGAGAGAUGCCAACCUCUAUCCCUGAUUUGAUUGACAGGCUGAUUGCUGUGAAUUCAGAUGCAAAGAUUCAUUCCCUCUUUCACUACGAGCAGUCUCACACAUUCGGCCUGAGAUUGCUCAGUGUGCUCUGCUGUAAUCUGGACUCCUUCCUGCUGCUGGAGAGCCAGUACAACAUCUGCUCCAUGCUGCUGCAGAGUCAGGGGGAGGACGUCACCGAGCCAGACUCAGAUGACAGGGAGUUCAUCAUCGACAGUCUCUCUGUGGAGAGGAAUCACGUUCUGGUUCGUGUCAGCGUGGUGGGAGGUCCGUCUGAGAGGAAACUUCCUCCUCGAGCUCUGCAAGAGGGUGGGGAUCCGUUCCCCUGGCCCAUGUUUUCAAGCUACCCUCUGCCUCCCUGCUACACUUUAGACCCACCAAAGAUUGAUCACAAGUCAAAGGACUCUGAGAUUGCCGCGUUUCUGGCUUCAUCCAAAGACUCAAAGAAUAAAGACAGCUGGAUGGAGGAGUGCAGAAGACUGUAUUGCAGAGUCAUGGCAUCCAAACCCAGCAUCUUAACUGGAAAAGUGCUGGCUGACCUGCUGGAGACGGUCGUAGCUCAUCUAUCCAGCUCUGCCUCAGAGUGCUUCUUCGCUCCACCUCAGUACAAAGCGGAGGAGCACACUGCGAAGAGUGCCGUGUUAUCAUCUGUGGAGCAGCUGGGAGUCAACACCUGUCUCAGGUACGGCAGCUUCCUGAAGCUACUGAAGGAUGAUGCUGUAAACAAUCUGACGCUGCUAAUGAAACAAAUAAGGAUCUUCUUGUCCACACAGAGGAUAAAGCCUUCUUCAGAGCUUGUCACUCAGCAGCAUGGUUAUCCUGGACAUGACUGGCUGGUCUCCACAGUGUUCCUCAUCAUGGCUGGAGACACGGACCGCUCAUUACGUCUGUUACUUGACCUGUCCUCUCUGCUGACCUCAACGUUCAUCUGGCCUGCAAGAAUACACGCCUCUGUGCAUGUUCCUGUGGAAGUAGCUGAAUCAGGAAUCCCUCCUGUCUACUGGUGUACAGCUCACUAUGUGGAAAUGCUGCUGAAAACUGAAGUUCCUCUGGUCCACUCCGCCUUUAGGAUGUCUGGUUUCACCCCAUCUCAGAUGUGCCUCCACUGGUUGACUCAGUGUUUCUGGAACUAUCUGGACUGGACAGAAAUCUGCCACUACAUUUCUACCUGUGUGCUGAUGGGUCCAGACUACCAGGUGUACAUGUGCGUAGCCAUAUUCAAACAUCUGCAGCCUGACAUCCUGCAGCACACGCAGUCCCAGGAGCUGCAGGUCUUCCUCAAGGAGGAACCCAUCCAGAACUUCAAGGUGAGCGACUACCUGGAGUUCAUGGAGGGACUGGAGAGCAGAUACAGAGCGAUCGUUCUCACUGACAUGAAAACUAUCCGAAACCCUGUAGAGUAAGGACAUCUCAGUGUUAAAAUAUUUUUAAUGUGAUUGUAGGGCAGCUUCUCAUUAGUCUUACAUUCCUUUCAUCUUGAUGAUCACCCAUUGAAUGUCCUGUAUAAUACAAUAUUUAUAUGCACUA